UACGAGCGGUUCCGGAGCAGAAGCUCUUCUCACAGAGGCAGGGACAGACCGGGAGCGGACACCCUGGCGCCCCCCUCAGCCCCUGCCCCCCGAGGGCCGGUCCCCUGGCAGGGGCUCCUGCUGGCAGUCUCACUCUUAACCUGGAACCUGCCCACAACUGCCCAGCUCACUGUGGAGUCGGUGCCGCCCAGUGCUGUCCAAGGGCAGGAUGUUCUUCUGCUUGCUCACAAUCCUCCUGAGAGUCUUCUAGGCUAUGUCUGGUACAAAGGGGACCGUGUAAAUUUCAACUCUACUAUUGUAUCAUAUGAAAUAAACAAACAAGCAAUUACCCCAGGGAUCGCAUACAGCGGCCGGGAGACAGUAUACCCCAAUGGAUCCCUGUUGUUCCAGAAUGUCACCCAGGAGGACACAGGAUACUACACUCUACAAGCCUUACAAGGAAGUCUUCUUAGUACAACAGCAACUGUCCGGCUUGGUGUCUACUUGGAGUUAUCCAAACCCUACAUAAAAAGCAACAAGUCCGACCCCGUGGAGAAUAAGGACCCUGUAGUGUUAACGUGUGAACCUCAGACUCAGAACACAACCUACUUGUGGUCAAUAAACAAUCAGGACCUCAUGAACAGCAGCAGGCUGGAGCUGUCCCAGGACCACAGGACUCUCACAGUAUUCGGUGUCACAAGGAAUGACACAGGACCCUAUGAGUGUGAAGCCCGGAACCCAGUGAGCGCCCGCCGCAGUGACCCACUCACCCUGAAUGUGCUCUAUGGCCCGGACGCCCCCACCAUUUCCCCUUCACAAUCCGAUUACCGUACAGGGGAAAACCUCAGUCUCUCCUGCCAUGCAGUCUCUAACCCGCCUGCACAGUACUCUUGGUUUAUCAAUGGGAGGCCCAAGCAAUCCACACAGGAGCUCUUUAUUUCCAACAUCACUGCGAAUGAUAGUGGAUCCUAUACCUGCAUCGCCCAUAACUCUGGCACUGAAGUUAACAGGACAACAGUCAAGACUAUCAAAGUCUAUGACCAGGUGACAAGGCCCUAUAUCUGGGUCAGAAACACCACAGUCACAGAACAUGAGGACAUUGUGAAUCUAACCUGCGUCACCAAUGACUCUGGAAUCUCCAUCCGGUGGUUCUUCAAUAACCAGAGUCUGCAGCUCACAGAAAGGAUGAAGCUGUUCCAGGACAAUAGGACCCUCACCAUAGACCCUGUCAGGAGGGAGGAUGCUGGGAAUUAUCACUGUGAGGUCUCCAACACUGUCAGUGUCAACAGGAGUGACCCCAUCAGGCUGGAUGUGAAAUAUGAUGCAACACAACAAAGUUCUGGCCUCUCUGCUGGGGCUAUUGCCGGCAUCGUGAUUGGAGUCCUGGCUGGGGUGGCUCUGAUAGCAGCCCUGGUGUACUUUCUGUAUAUCAGAAAGACUGGAGGGACAAGUGACCAGCGUGAUCUCACAGAACACAAACCCUCAGCCUCCAACCACAGUCAGGGCCACUCUGACAACUUGCAUAGUAAGGUUGAUGAAAUUGCAUAUUCUUCCCUGAACUUCAGAGCCCAAGAAGCAAGGAAAGAAACUUCAGCCACCCUAUCCCCAAAAGCCACAGAAACGGUUUAUUCAGAAGUAAAAAGAAGUAGUGCAACCUAUCCUCCUCGUUAGUACUGCUGACUCAUUCCAAGCUUCUCACCCCCAGCCCUAGGGGACCCCUCUAUUCCCAGGGAAAAGGCAAAGCCUCUUCCCUGGCCCCCUUUCCUCCUUUAGGGGACACCUGCAGGCCACCUAGUCACAGCCUCUCCCUUCAGUGUUGGCUGAGGAAAGGUACCUCCAGGAGUCCUAGGAAACCCAGACUUCCUUGUCAUUGAAAUUUGGCAAAGCAGACCUUGGGAGAGAGAUGUCACUUCCCACCCCUCCCCCUUUCCUGACCUAGACUUGUUUUAAACUUACCUACUUAGAGCACAUUCACUCCUUCCCAGCCCAGUCCUGUCCUACUAGAGUCUAACUUGAAUGUGCCAUAACUUUUCCUAUCUCUCCAAAGCCUAGUGUAAACCCAUCAUACACAGGAAAACGAAUGCAUAACCAAUUCUGAACUGGGAAAUUCUAUACCUUCGUCCACUGUCAAGGUUGUCUACCCCUAGGACCAGGACCUUAACACCUUGCUGCUUUGCUAGAAUACCUCCUAAGCCCUUUGGCAAGCAUGUCUUCAGAGAACCCACUAGAAUCAAUCAGGAAAACUAUUUGCCAAGGUCCAUAGGCAAUUCCUAAUGGAAAAUGCAAAAAAAUACAUGUACGUUUUAAUAGCUUUAUGGGCUUUAUUCAAAGAAAUGCCCACAGAGGGAGGGAUUACAGCUUUAGGGGGUAGUCAACUCUUAAAAGAGACAAUCUGCUGGGAUUUGAGUAAGGAAUCAGACGACUCCCCUUCAGAGAUUAUUCAAAUAAUUGUUAAUGUACAAUUUGGGGUGUUGGGUAUUUUCCCCUUUUCUCUGAGACAUUCUGCCAUUUUAAUUUUUGUAAUUGCUUGUUUUUGUGGAAGGGGCUAUUUUUACUUAGCUUAGCUGUGUAAGCCAAUCUAACUUCUUAGGUGAAAGAAGUCACUGCAACCCCUCAAGGCUUCUUGGCCAGGAGCUCCACAAGACUUUUAUGUCAGGGGCUCCAACAGAAAGUAAGAAGCAGUUUCUCUCAUUCAUGGAUAGAGAUAGAUCCAACUCAGUCUCUAGGCAUCUCAGGCCGAUCGUCAGCCAACAUUCCAUUCCGAGCUUCUGCCUGUGCAGGCUCUGUCUGCCCCACUCAGUCUCUCAGGAAACCUUGGCUUCCGCUAAGGUGUGUUCGGUCCUUGAGCAGCGGGACUGCCCUGAAAGGAGCACUGUCACUCCCCCUGUUGGCACUGCUUACAACCCAGAAAGUUGCAUUGGUGCUGAUGCUUGUGAAGCAGGGCUGUGCAAGGGUGUCACAACACAGGGGGGGUUAAACUGGGCCCGAGGCUUCUUGGACAGCCUCUGAAAUUUGUUUUCUCCCAUGGGGUCUAUGAGUCCCAAUGUGUCAGAAUAAAAAGGUGGAAAGGCAAAUGUACUUCUCACCCAGCCUUCUUCUACACAGAUGGACUCUCUGGGGUUGUUGAGAGAAAAGUUUCUUUUUUUUAUUUUGGUAUCAUUAAUCUACAAUUACAUGAGGAACAUUAUGUUUACUAGAUACCCCCCCAUCACCAGAGAGAAAAGUUUUAUUCAGUAUUGGUUAUUUGAUCGCAUGUUAUGUCUAAGAGACCCCCUCAGAGAUGGUUAGUUGGGAGUUCUCUGUACUCAGGUACUUCUUUCAGGGUUUUCUAACCCUGACACAGACUGUAUAUCCGUUCCCUCAUCCAGCUAUUCUGUAUUAUUUAAUUUUGACUGGCUAAGGCCAUUCUGCAUUAUUUGUAAAAUUUGCUCUAUAUUUAUAUUAAAAAUUAUAUGUCAGACAUCAA